AUGAUCAGUCCAUCAGAAAUGGCAGGGGUUACACAAACUAAUUCUGUAUCUAGUUUAUUGAAUAGUGAUUAUAAUGAUGGUAAUGUUAACACUAAGAUAGGUGAAACUUUUUCUUCUUCUUAUAAAAAUGCGUCUCCUAUAACGCGCACCAAUGGUUUGAUUGAUAGAUUAGACAAGUUCAAAUUCGACAAAAAUAAAACAAGCAAAUGUCUCCCUGUUUUAUCACAAUCUCACAGUAAUAAUACUAGUGUUGCUACUAGUGCAACUAUUACUACUGCCACUACUGCUGCUGCUGCUGCUCAUACUAUUGACAAUGAUGAUAAUAAUGAUGACAAUGAUAAUAAUGAGAUCGCUGUGGAAGAGACGGAUGAUGAAAGUUAUAUGAAAUAUGUUAAGAAUCUUGCCGACCUAAAUUCUGCUAAGGAAAAUUUACGAAAAAUAUCGACAGCAAGCAGUGAUCAUCCAUUAAAAACAAGUAAGAGUCAUGUGGCAUUUGCUAACACUGCAUAUGAUGUAAGAAUGUUGAGUAAGGAUAUCUCUAAUACAAAGAUUAACUUAGAAGUGGAAAAAGUUAUCAUUAUAGUGAAGAAGAAUGAAGUUUCUUUAAUUAUUUUAUUAAGAGAAUUGGUCGCAUGGUUAUUGACCAAUUAUCAACAAAUGACAAUAUAUGUUCAAGACAUCUUUGAGGAUUCUGAAUUAUUUGCCGGAAAGGAAAUCUGUACCGAUUCAUUCUGUACUUUAGCUAAAAUUGGCUAUUGGAAUAAACAAUUCAUUGAGGAACAUGAUCUUUUCUUUGAUCUUUGUAUAACAUUGGGAGGUGAUGGUACAGUGCUAUUUGCUUCCACUCUAUUUCAAAAGCAUGUGCCGCCAAUGUUAUCAUACGCCUUGGGUUCAUUAGGAUUUUUAACAAAUUUCGAUUUUGAAAAUUUUAAACAAGAAUUACCCUUAAUAUUGAAUCAAAAGGUUAAAACAAAUUUAAGAAUGAGACUAAAAUGUAAUGUUUACCGUCGACACACAACAAAAAAGGAUCCUAUCACAGGGAAAAAAUUGUGUUAUAUGGAAUGUGUGGCUGAACAUCAUGUAUUAAACGAAGUUGCCAUUGAUAGAGGUCCAAGUCCGUAUAUAUCUAUGUUAGAAUUGUAUGGAGAUGAUUCACUAAUGACUGUUGCUCAAGCAGAUGGUUUGAUUAUUGCUACACCUACAGGUUCUACUGCCUAUUCCUUAAGUGCUGGAGGUUCUUUAAUUUAUCCAUCAGUUAAUGCUAUUGCAGUAACGCCCAUUUGUCCCCACACAUUGAGUUUCAGACCAAUUGUUUUGCCUGAUUCGAUGAAAUUGAAAGUUAGAGUCCCAUCGAAAUCAAGAAGUACGGCCUGGGUGGCGUUUGAUGGUAAAAAUAGGGUAGAAUUGAAGAAGGGUGAUUAUAUCACUAUAUGUGCAAGUCCGUAUGUUUUCCCCACAAUAGAAUCCUCACCAACAGAGUUCAUUGAUGGUAUUAGUAGAACCAUGAAUUGGAAUAUCAGAGAAAAACAAAAAUCAUUCACUCAUAUCCUUUCACGUAAGAAUAGAGAAAUUUUUGCCACAGAGGUGCAUAAUUCCGAGAGUAGUGAAGAAGAAUAUAUAGAAGAAAGAAGAGCUAAUUUACUGGCAUACGGUAGACCACUAAACAGUGAAGAAGAAUGUUCUAGUGAGGAAUCAGAUAUAGACGAUAGACAACAAUGCUCGAAGGUUCAGUAA